AUGAGUAACUGGCCAACUUCAUCUGUAGGCGGAGACAAAUGGAACAAUGACAAUUGGGACGUCGUUGGUGCCAGCAAUAAUGCCGCGGGCGAUGAUGGCUUUGGCGCUGCUAUCGAUGGCAAUUUCUCUGGAGGCUCCGAUGCUCUAGGUGGUGAGAAUCAUAACGCUGCUGGACCUGGAGGUGCAUGCCGCAACUGUAGUCGAGGCCAUGAGGCCAUCAUCUGCAAGAAUCCAAAAGCGAUUAACCAUCAGAACAUCCUUGAGAAGUCUGAAAAUGAGGCAUGGGGAUUGCUCAAGAACGCCAGCGAUAUGAGACACAUUACCGAUUUCAAAGACGCCCUACAAAUCUUUUCCAAGGCUGCUCCUAACUACACCUAUCCUCGUCUCGAGAAGGAAUUCCGCGAGCGUGGCUCCAGUGUCUUCCUCAUUGCAAUGAAACCUCGUGGCGAUACUUGGACCAACGUCAACCUUCAGGGUGAAAUCGGCAGGAAGUAUGCAGUCAGCUACUUCCUUUCUGGCAAACCUCAACGUCGGACUCCCGAAGAGAACCUCAUUCGUCUCGCCGAUGCUGGUAUCCCUCUUGAUCGGGGUGUUGACAAAUGCCACAACUGCGGCAACGUUGGUCACAAGUCAAAAUCCUGCCCUGAAGAAGCCGUGACGAAAGAACCAGUCCCUGUUUUCUGCUACUUGUGUGGAGAGACCGGUCAUCGUGUUCGUAACUGCACUCAAGAACGAAAGCCCGCUGGACGCGCUUGUGCAUCCGGAAAUCACAUCGCCAAGGAUUGCCGUAGUCGCGAGAAGCGAACUUGCCGCCGCUGUGGAGAGGAAGGCCAUAUGGCCAGGGCUGAGAGCAUCAGCGGGUUUCUACCGAAGAUUGAGCCCACAUCAUUGCUCGUGGAUGGGCCAAAUCCAUUCCUUUUACGAAGAUGA